GGUGCUGGGUACAUUCAAACUUCUUUCCUUUCCAAUCCUGAGCAAUGCGUAUGGAACGAGGGGAGUCAGCAAGAAGGAAUAUUGUUCUGGAAUACGGAGAUACAUAUAGAAUGAUUGCGCCUGAUGAAAAUAGCGGAUCCUUCACUUCCUUUUAUAUCAAAACAAGGACCAACGUUAUCAUUAAGGAAUAACCAUCUGUGCUCUAUCCCCAUACAAUAUCGAAGAAUACCCGCAAGAUGUCAGGAAACAGAGCGUCGGGGAGCAUAUUAUCGGUGCCGGGGCUGCGCAAAAGUAUAAACAAAUGGAAACGCAAGAAAUCUUCUCCCAUUCUUGACGAUCGUUCUGAUCUUGUAAUCAUUCCAAUGAGUCGCUAGGCUGGUCACUCUUUUAUCUCUUAUGAAUUUCUUUAACCAUUGCUUCACCUUUCUUUGCACAUUUUAACUUGCCGAGAUGGUGACAGAAGCUCCCGACAAGCAAGAUGAAAUUCUGAUCAUUACAUUGCUAUUCUCUGGGAUUGCGUGUGUGGCGGUUGCUUUACGAUGCUAUGUUCGAACUAGGUUGUUGAAGGCAUUUGGUGUUGAUGAUGCCAUUGCAGUUGUCUCUUUGUUUCUUCUAUGCGCUGGGGUUAUCUUUACUAUAUUGGGAGUUAAUUCAGGGUUUGGGCAACACAAUGAUACUAUGACAAUGGAGCAGUACCUGCGCGGAUUGAAAUGGUGGUGUUAUUCGGAAAUUAUUUACCCUCCUACUAUAGCUAUUAUCAAGAUAUCAAUCGCUCUUUACCUCGUCCGCAUCGCCGUGAAGCCAGUUCAUAUAUACGCCAUUUAUAUCUCAAUGGCAAUCUUUCUCUUGUACACCGCGGCUUUUUUCGCCUUUCUAUUACUUCAAUGUAGACCGAUAUCAUUCUACUGGAGGCGAUUCGGAGGAGCAAUCGACGGGCAUUGUUUACACCCCUCCACGAUAGCAGGCAUGGCAUAUGGACAUGGAGUCGUGAACGUCAUGGCAGACUUGACUCUGGGGAUAAUUCCGGCGUUUAUCGUGGCAGAUCUUCAAAUCACAACCAGAACAAAAGUCGCGGUCGCAAUGACUUUAGCAUUAGGUUCCAUUGCUAGCAUAUGUACCCUCACAAGAAUCGCAUACAUUAACGAUCUUUUGCAUACCGACGAUUAUCUUUAUUCAAUAGCUGAUGUCAUCAUUCUCUCAAUUGUCGAGGCAGCAGUCGGACUUAUAGCCUCUUGCUUAGCGACACUCAAGCCUCUCAUCCGCUCAUUCCUCGACUGGUCUGAGAAAUCCAUCGGAUCAUCCGGAGGCCUCCACACGCGCAUGGUGGGCGGCAUGAACCGAAGACGAACAAGAAUGUACGACACGGAACUAAAUCUAAGGCCCGAUCUCGCCAUCGUCGGGUUCACGACGACAGUAAUAUCAAGUAACGGACGAGAAUCACCACCUCUACAUUCGAGUAUCAGUCAGACUAUGGAUGUCAAGGGCGACUUGUGGCUUAGUCCGAGUUCUCAUGAAAGUCAAAAGUCACAUAGAAGGUUGGAAAGUGGGAAUGGGGAUGAGGCCGCGGUGCCGGCUUGUCAAAUAAAGUAGAAGUUAAUGGACGUGUAUGAUACCACUUUCUCACAUGAGAAAUUUCAUUUUAUGGAACUUGAAAUCCCGAAAGUUUGAGAUUUGUUCUUCGGACUCGCUGUAAGGGCUUCCCAUGACCCGGACUGGCGGAAUUGAUGUGAUAAUUUAAUGUUUA